CAGCGCCAGCAGUACGCAACCGUUUCGCUGCGUAUCCGCGGCUGCCAGUUCGCUGUGUGGUGCGUCCGUUACAAGUCGAAAGGCAGCGUCCGCUCUCCAAAGGUGCGCGAAGCCGUACACGUUUCGGUACACGCGUAAAAUCCAAACAAACUACGCCGGCAGUGUGUUUCGCAGUGCUUUGCUUGCGGUGUGUGUGUGUUUUGUCUACAAUUUUCCUGGAGCUCUCUUAAGGUUUUGGGGGCUUUAUAGACAAAACAACCGAAAAGGAGGGAGAGAUAGAGAAAGAGUGUGAGGUAGUUGAAGAAGCAAGCCGUAAGAAGUUCCACGACACACAAUCAUGAUGUCCCCGACGGUGAAGCGGUUGGAGCGACCUCCACCGCCACCGACACCCCCGAAACCGGAGCGACAUCCUCAACAGCAGCAGCAGCAGCACGGUGCCGACCCGGGCAUGCCAGCAGUUCCUUCCGAAACGCCCGACGAGGAGCAGGUCGUGAUGACACCGCUGGGCAAGACGAACACCUCCACGGUGCUGCUGAUCGAGCGGAAGCUCAUCCAGUCGGUCGGCGAACGGACACACGUGGCCGGUGGUGACCAUCGGGGCAUCAUCAUCAACAAAACGGCUGAAGAACAAUCGAACCGACAGCGCGAACCGGCCCAGCUCAGUCUCGAGUUUCGCGUCUUCCUGGUCAGCGCCAACAGUGGCCAGCACUCGCAGGAAUCUCGCCGCAUCAAGUUCUGGUUCCGGCCGUGGCUGACGUCGGAGAACGUGCAGGCGCAGGUAGCGCAGGACUUCUUCCGCGAGCUCGUCAGCCCGAAAGAGUUCCCGAGGGACUACGUCGGCUUUAUCAAGAAGAUCAUGAAGCUGCUCCAGAAGGGCUACAACGAAAUACAGGCCGUCGAGAUCGAGCUGCGAAUAUUGGAGCAAACGUCCGCACCACCAUCGAGACCUUCACGCCCCGGGCACGUGAUCGUUUGCUACGGCAACUGUCACAAGCUCGACCGAAACAAUAACAAACCCGGCCCGGACCUGGACGGCGAUGACGGUGGUGGUGGUGGUGGCAGUAGUAGCGGCAGCAUUCAUGUUACACCCAUCAGCCAGCGCAAACAGAAGGACGAGCGGGACGACCUAAAAGUGUCGUUCGAGGACGAACAGUUCGAGGUGGUGCCGCUGACGCCGGAGAAAAUACUGGAACUGAUCGAGCAGGCCUACCCGAACCCCAUCGCACCGGAGGACCUAGCAAAGGACCACGGAUGGGAGGAGGAGGAGGUGCUCGCCAUCAUGCUGGUGCUGAAGGAGCGCGGCCUGAUUAAAUCGAUGGAGUACAACGCGUUCACCCGCAUUCACCAUGACGACCAGGCCAUCAAAAUCGUCAAGCAGAUGCCGACGAUCGCGUCGAACAAGCAGCCCACCAUUGCCAUCAUCACCGCGCAGUACUGCGAGAAGCUCGCGGUGGACGCCAUGCUCGAGAACAAGGAAACGUUCGUGCGGUACACCACCGUAGGAACAGCCACUUCCGAUAGGCCCACUAACGACGACACAGCGGAACGACACCGACACAGAAGAAAGAAUCGGUUCGGCGAAUCGAACGUGUACACGCUCGGCAACAUUGGGGCACACCGGAUCGUCAGCACGAAGCUCCCGUCGGUCGGCAGCACGCGCGAAGCGAUGACGGCGGCCGGCAACACGACGACCCGGCUGCUCGGCACCUUCCAGAAGGUGGACUACGUGUUCAUCGUCGGUGUGGCGGGCGGCAUCCCGCACUACACCGACUACCGGCGGCACGUCCGGCUCGGCGACGUGGUGAUUGCGGCCGCCGCCCAAGAGCCGGCCCUCACCAACGGCAACGGGCCGAAACCGUACUGCUACGUGUACAGCGGCGGCCAGAGCGAGGUGAAGCGCUACUACCCGGCGGACGAUGGGCUGCAGGCGAUCGGGCGCACGCUCGUGCAGAACGACGACGGCAAAAAACCGUGGCUGCAGUACGUGCAGGAGGGCCUGCAGCAGCUGAGCGGGCGGGGCGGUCACGCCGAGCAUGACUUUGCCCGGCCGGCCCCCAACACGGACAAGCUGUACAUGAACAUCGGCAACAAGAACGUGAUCGAGGUGGCGCACCCGAUCGCCCAGCCGAGCGGGGAGGGCGACGGGGGCGACGAUACGGACGCGAGCGGCGGCGGGCCGGUACCGCACCAGACCCGGCUGCACGCCGGCCCGAUCGGCUCCGGCUACGAGCUGGUCCGGUCGGACAGUGCGCGCACCGAGUACGCCCAGGCGUACCAGCUGCUCGCGACCGACAGCGAGAUGAACUCGGUGCUGGACAGCAUCGUCGGCAACUGCCGGGACAGCUUCAUCCUGGUGAAGGGCAUCGCGGACUACAAGGACGGCACGACGUCGCGCAAAUGGCAAAACUAUGCGUCGCUCGCGGCCGCCGCCGUCAUGAAAACGAUCGUGUGCGCGAUGGACGCCCCGACGAACGUGUAAAAAAAAGCGAAUGGAGGAGGAGGAGGAACGGAGUGUUUUCCUAUUAAUUUAGUAGUAAGAGGGGGUCAUGAGGGGGGGGGGGGAAGCAGUAAGCAAUCGAUAGGGUGAAUUGAAGAUGCAACCAAUGGAGGAAUUAAAGCGAAACAAAAGGACCAAAAAGCGAUUCUAGUACAGGGAAACCGUUUUAGAUAUUUAUAAAUUAUAGAGUAAUAUAUGUGUAUUUUCCUGUCUAUAUAAAAUGUAAGCGUGCGGCGUUAAAGAGAUACAGAUGGUCAUGGUGUCCCCCUCGCAGCACGCCGACGGACAUGUGUCUUUUUUCCUGCUUCGUUAGAGCACGCGUUCUGGGGCAUCCGUUAAGUUGAGCAUGGAAGUUCCCCACUCCCGACCAUUGACGAGUAGCAGUGGACUCUGUUCUUUCUUUCUAUUGUACAUAUCCUUAAACAAGGCUUGAGUUGAUUGAAAUAAUAUUUAAAAAACAAAAUACAAGCAUCAUUCGUUCCCAUUCGUUGGUGCAAGCCACUAUAUCGUGCAGCAGAUGAUGCGUUCUGUUUUUUUUUUCUUUCUUUCUCUUUUUUCCCGCCAUGAUUUUUGCCACCAAUUUCGCUUCUCCAAGCGCGCUUAUAUUACACUUCUAUGUACGCAAACAGUUUGCCAACAGUUACCGGGUAAAUAAAUUUGUAACUAAAAACGGU